AGUUUGACUAGUUGAAAAGUUGAUAAAAUUUUAGCAAAGGUUUAUCAAACAAUUAUUAAGUCCAGAUUUUGGUUAUAAAUCAUGGAAAGGGAAACCGUUACCUCCCUAUUUAAUGCUAAAAACAGACUCUUGGAGAGGUUUAUGCAAAUAUGAAUGGAACUUUUAUGUAUUUCGAUACAUUUUCAUAGGAAAAUGUUCAAUCUUUUAACCAUUCUUGCCAAUUUUUCAUUCUGGGAGCAAUUAAGACUGAUUCAAACACAGUUUUUCAUUAAAUGUAUCAUCUUUGAAUAAGGUCACUCUAGAGUUUCCCUUAUAUGAAGAAGCACUUCACUGUCGAAUUACUAAAUAAGGAGCACGAGUAAAUGGAUCCAAACCUCACUUUCCUAGGAAAGCCUAAAUCAGGAUGUGACUUACAAAUAGUAAGAUAAUGGUUUGCUAUCCCACUAAAGUUAUUUUGUCAUCUUCCCAUCAGUCAUUUUGAGGAAGUAGUUGUGGCCCAGGUCAAUGAAAUCAAUCUUCUGUUUGAACUCGACAUUUUCGUAAUUUUCUUACUGAGAAAUUUGCACCUCAUAGUCUUAACCAGACCCUCACUAAGCAUUUAGGCUACAGAUUAUGCUGGCAGCUUUAGGUAUACAUUUUAAAUUUAAAUGAAUUUAUCACCUUUGGAUUGCUUUGAACCCACUUAGAAUUGAUUUAAUCUUCCUUCAUUGCAUGAAACUCUGCUAGGCUUUAAGAACCUAUUUAAAUUUUGGCAGCUGAUGGAAAUAUGAUUUGAUAGAUGUAACAUUUUGGAAUGUUGUAAAAUAUGGAAUUGGCUAUGCUGUGUCUUUAAUCUCUCCUUCUCCCAAUGAAUUUUGUUAUGGGAUAAAACAUAUUAUUUAGAUUCUAAAUUUUUGUUCUCAUUUGAUGCCAAACCGAACUAGUCCCAAUGUUGUCAUCUAAAGCCCUUGUACUCUUUCCUUGAAUGCGAUUACAUUAGUGUAGCCUAAAUUGAAUACGAAGCAAUCCAAUGAUACCAAUAUGUUCUGUGACCAUGUUUCUUAGUCAAGUAGUUGCGAUCUUUGCUAAUGAAUUGUCUACAUGCAGCUGCAUUUGGAGCAGUCUUGCAUGUGAUGUCUACUGCUUUGCUAGGUAUAACUGCAAUUACCAUAACAAACACUAUUGCGGGCGAGGAAACUGUGCAUAAACUUGCAUCUUUACUGCUCAUUGUUCUUGGUGGUGGUUAUAUCAUAUUAUUUCUAUCUGGAAAGGGCGGUCACAGCCAUUCCCACAACCAACCUAUGGAAAAAAUGGCAGUUGCUGGACUUGUUCUGGUACCUGCAUUGUCUCCUUGUGCAACCACUCUUCCUGUAUUUCUUGCCGUUGGAAACUCAUCCUCUAUGAUGGUGUUUGCUAUCAUAGUUCUGCUAUUCAGGGUUAUGAUAUUGGACUCGCAGCACAAUAGCUGUGAUGACGUCAUUGGUGGCUUUAUCCUUUUAUGGUGCAAGUCAGCUCAAAUUCCACUGGGUGGAACGCUACGACAAGCUUCUUGUAGGUUCAGUUCUGUGUUUGGUUGGUGUUCUGACCCUCCUCUUCCAUGACCAUGAUGGAGAUGUGAGUUCCAUUGGAGAGCAUUUGCAUAGGAAACUCAUUGUUCUAUAAGAAUUAACUUUGGAUUCUUGAGGUUCUGUUUUACUCUGAGUACAAUUUAGGUUGCAUACGUGUUACUGCUGAGGAAGCAAUGUAAAACAUUUAUUUUCUCUGCAGUUUGAUAGUUACUAAAAAUCAUUGCUCGCGUAGUAUAUGUACUUCA